AUGACCGCGCGCAUUGUUCCCAGCGCUCUAGAUAGUAUCAGAUCCUCGACCCUGGACACGAUACAUGACGCGACUCAACCGCCGGCGAAAAAGCGCAAGAUUGAACCCGAAACCGCUGCUGGCCAGCUUUCUACAACCUCCAUAGUCAUCAGAGCUCACGCCAGAACAUUAUCAGAUGUACCACUCGUCCUCGAUCCUAUCACAGCGUUUCCCCGCUCCCGGCUUCUACUUUCAUGGCUUGACGACGCACCAUGGUUACAUUCCGACUCGCAUCCUGAUGGUCUUUUUGCGGUUAACCUUCCCUCCCUUGAGACGGACUUUCUUAUCUAUGCGGAACCCACAGUGCUCUUGGUGCGACUCGUCGCAACUGGUGGGCUCUACGUGAUCGAGAGGGUGAAGCGGGGUAUCUACUCGCUAUGCAGGCUUGCGCGUGGGGUGCAUGAAGGCGAUAUCCUGGCUGCUGCCAAGGGAUGGCAAGGCUUACGAGUAACCGAGAUCCAUACUGAGAUCGAUGAGAAGCCUAGUCAGGCGUUUGAUACCGAUAAUUGGUGGCAGGCUGCUCGUAUUGCAGAGCCGUCAUCCGAUCUAGGACUUGGAGAAGAGCUGGCGGGCUUGCAAGUUGCGGUUGUAUUCAAAGGUCCAGAGCCGGGCAUUGGUCAUGAUUCGCACAUUGGGGACGUUUCUGACCAGAAUCAGUCAGUUGCGCCUGCUACAGGGUAUGUGGAUACAAAGGUGGACGAAUCCCAAGGUUCAAAGACUAUGCAUGUGGAUGGCGUCUCAGUCUUUCAUGAGCUGGAAGCGCAACAAUUGCCCGAUGAGUUGUUUAACGGCAUGAGAGACCACUAUUUACAAGCUCUAUACGUAUCAAAUACAUCCGUGGCCUACUUUGCCAAGGGUCCAUUGGCACGCUGCCGGACCGCCUUCCAAACGACUGAUCAAGAGCAGUCGCCAUCACUUGCCGCACUCAUUGAAUUCUACCGAGAGAGCAUUUUGCCUGCCAAAAAGAUGGAUCUCAAAUACCGAGAAACUGUCCCAACAUGUAUCCGCGAUGCAAUACUUGCUGUCUCUGAUGACGAGGGUGCUCCAGGCGCUACGAAGCGUAAGAGUAAAAAGAAGAAGUUGGGCAAGAACGGCGUGUAUCCUGAGGAGGAAAGCUUUAUUCGCAAGUGGUGGAAGGACCGAAGCAUGCUUGAGGCAUCUUCGAACGAAACUUCGCGCGAGACGGAGACUAAAAAACACAUUUCUGACCUUCGAUUGCGCGAGACACAGCUACAAAUUCUCUUAAUCCUAGAGACUAUCGCCUUGGAGUUCACUCAGGCAGACGGAAAAUCAACAGGCGUCGAUGAGAAAUCAGCCGAUGGUGGUAAGCAGACACCGAAGAAACCAAAAGCCAAGAAGCUUCAGGAUCUCAACAUCCUGCUCGAACUACAUUUGGACCGAAUGUGCAUUUGGCAUGCAGUCAGCAGCAUGGAGGACACUUCUGCCGCAGACUCGGCCAAGACUUCAUCUUUUACCGAGGGUCAUAUGUCUGGGAAGAAGGUUGAAAGCGAUGCAGUGCGUGAUUUCUGCACCGAAGUUAUCAUUCCUUUCUUCGGGGCACGACUACCCGACAAAUGUAGACUCGUCAGUCGCAAAUUUGGCGUGUCUACUGGUACCACUCCCACCAGUAAAUCCAGGACACUCGUGGAACCAGGGAAAGAAAGUAAAAGACAACCUCCACAAAAAAUUCGACGAACAUUGCAGCGUGUGUUGACGGACGAGAGAGCGGCAGCGGCUAGUCACAACCGACAGCCAUCGAAUCGACAGCCCUCGCUCAGUAGAUCCAACACUGUACCAGCUAAGACCGAGAAUAGGCGCAGGACUUCUAUAGAUCCUCAACUGCCAGGACUUGUCAGUGGAACUAUCCGUGGUGGUAUUCAAAAAGCCAAGGGAGUGGAAAACCGUGAAGUUGAUCUCAAAGCCGUGGCUAGGCAACACGAGAGUAAAUUGCGCAAGGUCCAGUUGCUGGCAGAUCAAAAGAAAGAACUUGACGCUGCGAUUAUGACGCUUAGGAAGCCAAAUAGACAAUUGGUCGCUCAGGAUAUUGCCACAGAUGCCUCAAAAAGGGUGGUGUCUACUGGAGGAAGCAGCUCGCGGAAGCCCAAGAAUCCUGUGCGGAAUCCUUACGGCCAGGGUGUGCAGGUCAUGGCAACACCACGCGGGAACCGCAAGAAAGAUGUGGUGGCAGGGCUACCACCAUUGCCGCGCAGUCUUGUUUCUUCGCGGUCCUUUGCGGGAGAGACGGAAUAUAAUUCUCUUGCUGAAUCUCCUGUCAUGAUUCCUUCUUCCAGUCGGCGGGCAAUCUCGUUCUCUGGUGCUGAUUCAAAUCCCUUCAGUUCUGGGGGCGUUGCUUCAAGGAAACGGGCUCGUCAGGAGCCAUCUACAGAGCUUGAACCUAUUCAAGAAACCCCUACUCGACCUGCCUCUAAGAUGUUAUUUGGUAGCAGCAAUGCUGACGAUGAAAUCAUUCCCCGUCGGUUGUCUUUAUCCUCGAGCAAAGGGAAAGGCUUAUUCCGUGUGCCUAAUAUCCCUGCUCCUCGUGACACUGAUCCAUUCAUCCAGCCUAUGGCGCCCUCCACCCCUGUUUCAUCUCGCCAUAAGACUAUCUCUACUUCUACCCCAACACAACCAUCGAGCAAAUCCUUCCAGACGGCCAUGAUCAUGGAGACACCACCUAAGCAGCGUGCCUCGAAUCCAACUUCUGCCGCUCAUAUUACAUCCAUUAUUCCCGCUUCUCCAGGCAACCAGCCCCCUGCAAAAGCGCCUGCCAUUAUAAGGACACCCGUCAAGGGCACUGCUACCAUCGCCAUGACACCAGAACAACCAGACUCAGUUUAUGCACAGCUGGGCUGGGAUGACGAUGAUGUUGAUGUUGAUCUAUAA